UUUCAAUUUGAUUCCGUUUUCCGUCCGAGAAGUCAAAUUCAAAAUCGCCAUAUGAUUCUCAUUUGAAAUAGCCAUUCGUAUAGGACUAGCCACAUUGGCUCUACACUCCCCUACAAUACCCAGCCUACGGUACCCUGUUUUUCUCGUGCUUGCGGUCAUUUCAAUUACGCACACGUUUUCCCUGCCAUCGCCUUCCUUUUUAAUUUCCUCUGAAUUCCCGCCCACUCCUCACCAUGUCGAUCGGCGACUCGCUUCCUCCGCCGCCGCCGCCGGCGCUCGACGGAGUUCCUUUCGAGCUCAUGGAUGAAUCCGAUUUCGACCAGAUCGUCUCCGACGGCUUCGUCUCUAUCUGCGGCUUCGGUCCUUUUCUAUCCGUGUUUGCUCAUGUUUCUCCUGUUUUCUUCCGACUAGGCGUUGCUAAGCCUGAAACAAAGGAAAUUUCAAGCUUGAGUUUGGAGCCAUGUGAAGGAGAAAAUGUCGUGGUCACCACUUUUCAGAUAUUGAGAUCAGAGAUACCGACUUUUAUUGAAACGGAGCACGAGUUCCGUUUUCUAGCCGUGACUUUAGAAACACUAAACGGCUUGUUGUAUACUACUUCAGCGGUAGUCCGAGCAUCUUAUAGUGAUGAAGAAUAUUUUCAACAUAGAUGUAAAGGAAGCAAAGGGCUGUACUUUGAACGUUUUGGACAAUACAAGAUUGGUAGGAUAUGGUCAGACGACAUAUUACCGUGUCGUGCUUACCUUCGGCGUGUAAUGGCAGCACAGGAACUUAAUGAGGUAGCUUAUAACAAUUUCCUCGACCAUACGUUUCUCGGGGAUCGUAAAACGACUAUUCGCGAGUAUCUUUCGACCAAAGGCUUAGGCAUAUUAGACGAGCAGCCUCCCGAUUUCUGAGCGCAGCUAAAAGCACUUUUGUCGUCUGACUGUCCAAUUUCUUUUGUAAGAUUAGUUUUAAUUUGCUGCCUCGGAAUAUAACUCUAGGCAAACCAAAAUAAUUAAGGUACACGAAAAGAGAAAACAGGAGUAAAUCCUGUCUCUUCAAUUCUUCAUAUAUUUCUGUUA